UUUCUCUCUCUCCACAAUUUCAUUCUCUCAAUCUCUCCCUCUGUAAUUUAUCAGUCUAUUCUGGCGGUGGUGGUGGGAGGAGGCAAAAUAUGGAGGCUCCGGCGGACGUGGCUGCAGGUCCUUGUAAUGACCUCACCCACAUCGUCAAGGGCGUGCGUACCAAGAGACAGAGGCCUCAUUCUCCCAUUCCUUCCAUCAUAAGAAGCGGCGGAGACGGGCAUUGUGACACCAUUCUCCACCACAGUAAUCCCGGCUCCGACUUGUCACCCGACCCGGAGAGCAUAAACAUUACGUCGGAAGAUGAAGAAACUGCCAAAUGCUUAAUCCUCUUGGCUCAAGGUCAUCGUUCUCCACCAAAAUACAAGAUUGAUCAUGAUCAUGAUCAAGAUCAAGAUUAUAAAUUCAACAGCAAAAGAUAUAUAGAAACAUCGUCAACUAGUGGAAACAAGGCAGGGAUUUUUGUAUAUGAAUGCAAAACUUGCAGCCGGACAUUUCCUUCUUUUCAAGCACUCGGUGGCCACAGGGCCAGCCAUAAGAAACCUAAAAACAAUGCCAAAAGAGCAUUUUUUUACUCCGAUUCUGAAGAUGAUUUUUCAUUCACUUUACAUGACAAUGGCACCAAAAUGUCUCCUCUUCCUUCUCUUCAACCUGUUAACAAGAAGAAGAAUUCGUCUUUUCAUUCUUUUAAGGUUCACGAAUGCUCUUAUUGUGGGGCUGAGUUCACCUCCGGGCAGGCACUCGGAGGCCACAUGCGGAGGCACAGGGGCGGUGGCCCUCCAAUUGCUGCAGCCAACACGACCUUGUCUUUGAGUACUCCUAUCAGCCAAGCUUCAUUUGAUUAUUACAAUCAAGAAUCCGAGGAAUCGAAGAAGACGACGAGAAAUUCUCUGUCUUUGGAUCUUAAUCUUCCGGCCCCAGAAGAUGAACAUAAACAACAAAAACAACAAAAAGGAGCUGAAUUUGAUUUUUCUACACCCCCAGCAUUGGUUAACUGUCAUUAUUGAGAGGUUCCACUUCUUCUUUCUUUAUACAUUGAUCUAUUAACAUAAUUUUUUUUCUUUUCUUUAAAUAUCUCUGUAAAUGUGAUUCUUCAAUUGAUUUCUUAACGUUGUUACA